AUGUCACACAACUAUAAGGGUUUUUUGGUCACAUCCUGGGAUGGGGCUAAAGCAGCCUGUGAGCAGAUGAACUCCCAUUUAAUUGUGAUCAACAGUAAGGAAGAACAGGAAUAUAUAGCGCAGAUUUCCCUUAAAAUGUCUGCAUGGAUCGGACUCACCGACACUGACGGAGAAUGGAAAUGGGAGGAUAAAACCCUGUAUAACCCGACCCAAACAUACUGGAUAGAGGGGCAACCAGAUAACUGGGCCGGCCAUGGGAAAGGCGGAGGGGAAGACUGUGUCACCAGCUCUACCGAAGGGAAGUGGAACGAUGACCAAUGCAGCGAGAAAUAUUAUUUUAUUUGUGAGAAGAAACGAGAAACUAAAUAAAGGGUUAAAGAAAUGGAGGAGCCUGUGGGUGUCAGACGUCUCUAACCCAAGGGGGUUCCUGGGAAUAAAACUGAAGCUUUUCCUGCAGUACCCCAUGUAUCUCUCUUUAUUGUGUGUCUCCCACUCAGCUCUCUCCUGAGCUCUCCCUUUGUUUUUAUAAUAAAACAGUACCUGUACUUGAUCCCAACUAAGAUAU